AUGGUGCUCAUAAGGUCACCGUCGUUCGCUGUGUGGUACACUGUCGUCGCGGCUCUUGGGUGUUCUGCUCGUAUAAUUCCGCGCCAGAAUAACGGGACCCAAUGCCGUCAAACGAAAGUCGCUAUCCUCGGAGCCGGGGUGGCGGGUAUCACUGCCGCUCAAGCGUUGUCGAACGCGUCGGUCUCAGAUUUCCUAAUUAUAGAGCGAAAUGACUAUAUCGGCGGUCGCGUCGCCCACACCGAAUUCGGAGAGAAGCCUGAUGGGACGCCUUACAUAGUCGAGUUCGGCGCGAACUGGGUUCAAGGACUGGGCUCAGAAGGGGGGCCAGAGAAUCCCAUAUGGACGUUGGCAAAGAAGUAUGGGAUAGACAACACGUACUCGAACUACAGUGCUAUACUCACGUAUGACAAAACCGGCGCGACAGAUUUUACCGAUCUGCUUGAUGAGUAUAACGAUGCUUACACGACGGCGGAGCAGGAUGCCGGGUACAUAUUGACAGACAACCUGCAGGACACAAGUAUGCGGGCGGGGCUCAGUGUCGCCGGUUGGAAACCCAAGAAGGACAUGAAGGCUCAGGCAGUCGAAUGGUGGAACUGGGAUUGGGAGACAGCGUGGCCGCCCGAGCAAUCCGGAUUCUUGUUCGGUAUUACUGGGUAUAAUCUCUCGUUUUACCAGUUCAGCGAUGAGAAUAAUUUUGUGUGGGAUCAGCGAGGUUUCAACACGUUUGUUAUUGGCGAAGCAUAUGAAUUCCUCAAGGAGAACGACACCCGACUCUUGCUGAAAACUGUCGUGGAAAAGGUCACGUACAGCCCUGACGGUGUGGUUGUUCACCUUGAUGAUGGCGGUUGCGUCGAGGCUCAACAUGCCGUCUCAACCUUUUCCCUUGGUGUGCUCCAGAAUGACGUGGUCGAUUUCGAACCACCGCUGCCGCGAUGGAAACGUGAGGCCAUCGAGCAGUUCCAGAUGGGGACGUACACCAAGAUAUUCCUCCAAUUCAACGAGACGUUCUGGGACCGAGAUGCCCAGUUCUUCUUGUACGCCGAUAACAUCACUCGCGGUUAUUUCCCAGUCUGGCAGUCACUUUCAGCCAAUGGCUUUAUCCCAGAGUCUAACAUCAUCUUCGUAACUGUGGUUGACGACCAGUCGUACCAGGUUGAGCAGCAAUCAGACGAAGAAACCCAGGCGCAAGUGAUGGCGGUGUUGAGAUCUAUGUUCCCUGAUAUCGACAUCCCAGACCCAAUCCAUUUUAUGUAUCCCCGAUGGAGCCUGGAGGAAUGGGCCUAUGGCUCGUACAGCAACUGGCCAAUCGGCAUGACGCUCGAGAAGCACCAGAACCUGCGCGCCAACGUAGACCGACUCUGGUUUGCCGGCGAGGCUACCUCGGCGCAAUAUUACGGAUUCCUGCACGGGGCUUGGUUCGAAGGACGUGAUGUAGGGAUGCGCAUUGCAGGUUUGCUCGGCCAGGGUGGAAAUUAUGAGUGCGAUGGUAAUUCGACCUUGGGCUGCGGGUUGAUGAACAAUUAUGAGCCUCUCCUGGGGACAACGUCCUUGAACGAGUAUGAUGUGAACAACGGGUGGUCGGCAAGUAGCUUUUCCACUUGGGGCUAUGAAGAAUGA